AUGUCUAUGAGAGGCACAAAGCGGGCUACCGGUGUGCGUGGUGAAGAACCAGGCACAUCCAAGCGCCGCAGAACGGAGCCUGAGGACACUCCCUGGCAGCUCCGGCCUGACGUCAAAAUGUCAUCAAUAUAUAACAGAAGUGCCUCAGAGGCACCAGCUGAACUAUUCAGGAAAGAUCUCAUCAGCGCCAUGAAACUUCCAGACUCUGAGCCUUUGACUCCAAGCGAGUACUGGAUAAUAACAGACACAUGGAAACAAGACUGGGAACGUGGGGUCCAGGUACCCGUCAAUCCUGACUCACUGCCCGCUCCUAAAGUAACGAUAAUUGAUAAUCCACGGCCACCUGAUUUUGAAGAAUUCAAGUUACCUAAAGACAAGUACAUACAUUUGACCCGUGAUGCUCACUUCAAUGCUGAUAAGCACCAUUUGAGUUCAACACCGGCGCAAGCUGAGGCGGCAUGUGCAUACGACUUGGACGCCACGGAUACUCAAUGGCUAAAGUUGCUCAACGCGGAGCGAGCGAGAGCCGGUGCAUUGCCCAUCAAUGAAGACCAGCUCGAGAAAGUCAUAGAAGAAUUAGAGAUUCGGACAUGGGAUAAAAUACAAGCAAUUAUGAAGUCCGAAGAAGGUCUAGGUAUAGAGUAUGACGAAAACGUUAUUUGUGAUGUUUGUCGGUCACCUGAUUCCGAAGAUGGCAACGAAAUGGUUUUCUGUGAUUCAUGCAAUAUUUGCGUACACCAGGCUUGCUACGGUAUUACUGUUAUUCCCGAUGGUCAGUGGCUCUGCAGACCUUGUGGCGAUGGUGUGCGGCCGACUUGUGUCCUAUGUCCCAAUCUCGGUGGUGCUAUGAAAUGCACUCCUUCAGGCCAUAAAUGGGCCCAUGUUAGUUGCGUACUUUGGAUUCCUGAAGUGUCUAUUGGUUGUGCUGAAAAAAUGGAACCUAUAACUAAAAUAUCGUCAAUACCAGCGUCUCGUUGGUCUUUAGUAUGUGUUUUAUGUCGCGAACGCAAAGGAGCGUGUAUUCAGUGCUCUGUAAAGACUUGUAAGACUGCUUAUCACGUAACGUGUGCAUUUAAACAUGGACUAGAAAUGCGUGCAAUAAUUGAAGAUGAAAAUGCUGAUGAUGGUGUAAAGCUACGUUCAUAUUGUCAGAAACAUAGCGUCAAUUCUAAAAAAGAAAAAUGCUCUGGGUCGGGUUCUGAGGAGGAGGAAGUUAAACGAAAACGUCGUAAAGAUAUGACUUCUGAAGAAAAGACUCAGGCGCGUGCUGCGCGCUUACUAGAAAUUGAAAGAGAAUUUGACCGACACGUCAAUGUUAAAGAUAUAAGUACACAUCUGCUUGAUGUUGAUCAAGAUGCUAUACAGUAUAUUUACAAUUACUGGAAACUAAAAAGACGAGCAGGUAAUAAUCGUCCUUUGUUGCCACCAAAAUCGGAUGAUAGCGAACUUCUUACUCACAGACAGGAACAAGCAGACUUAGAUAAAAUGAAGAUGUUUGUUCAACUCAGACAAGAUCUUGAGAGAGUGCGGAAUUUGUGUUAUAUGGUAAGCAGAAGGGAAAAGCUGUCUCGUUCAUUCUUCAGGAUGCGCGAACAAACUUUUCAUAAACAAGUAGCUGUACUAUCAGCAGAUCCAACGAUUGCUGGCCCAGACCUUGCUGCUAUCAUUGAGGCUAACCAUGGUCCUUCCAUAUAUGACAGAUUAUAUUCACAUGCAAAUGCACCUGAUCAUAAGAAUGAUUUUGAUGAAUUAUUAGCACGUAUUGCUCCUCCAGAAUCUGGAGACGAAAAGAAGAAAGAUCGUAAUGGGCUAGUAAAGUCAUCGAAAGCUUCAAACCCGUAUAAGAAACAUUAUGUUAAUGGUUCACGACGAAGCGAAAGUAUGUAUAGCGGACUUUCCAGUGAAGAGAGUGCUCCCGAGAUUAGUCGCCCUGGAAAAUACAGGGGUCGAGCUAUUGGGUCUAGCACCGAUGAAGACGUCAAGAAACCUACUUCACCAAAGAAGAAAGUAUCCCCUAAAACUAGAGCAAAGAGGUCACCCAAAAAGACUGAAAGGAGGAAAAAGAAAGUACCACAAUCGAAGGCUGUAGUUGAAAGUAGUAGUGAAGAUGAAGCUAUAAGUUCCAGAACCAAAAAAGAUAGGUCUCGUAGUAAAACACUUCAGCAAAUGGAAAAAGAGAUGACUGCUGGAACCUUAGGUCAGUCUGGAACUGACAGUGAUGAACUUAUGCCUAUAAGAUCAACUAGAAACAGUAAAUUCCCGGUUGAUAUCUACUCGGACAGUAGUGAAGACAUGUCUACGUUGAAAAUGGAUGUCAAAUCUGCCAAAGAUAAAGUUAAAUCUGAUAAAGUAAAAUCAGAAAAGACAAAGCCAGAUAAGUCGCCAAAUGGAAAUGAUUCCCAGCAACAGCUACCUAGAACCAAAGCAGCUAUGAAAGAAUUUAUACCAGCUCCAGAGAAAAAGGUUGCGGUAAAGGAAGAAGAUAAACCUGCUCCUAAGAAACGUGGCAGGAAACCUUCAAAUAAAGACAAGAAACCUCCCGUUAAAAGCGGCGAAUCUGAUGAUGAAGCAAAGAAUAAAGAAAAUAUUAAGUUUGCUAAACAGAAAGACAAUCCUACUGAUUUGAUAGUACCGCAACGACAGGCUGCUAAGAAAGCCUCUGAAAAUAUGAGAUCAACAACUGCUGUUAAGAAAGAAGAACCAAUUAUGGAAAAAUUAGCAUCUCCUGAAGAUCCAAAAACUAAGCCUAAACUAAAAAGUAAAGGAAAGGAAGUAAAAGAAAAAGAAAGUACCACACCUUCGCCGGCGAAAGUAAGUCGAAAGAAGUCAUCCAAAGAUGCUGAAAAAGAAACGAUUGCUAUUGUACCUCAAAGACAGGCAGCGAAAAAGGCAGCUGCGCACAUUAAAAGUGGCCUCGGAAGUAAGUUACCUACUGUGGAAACUUCCGAAAAUGAUAAAAAGUUGUCGCCUAAGAAAGAUGAAACGAAGAAAGCUCCAGCAAAAGAUAGUUCUAAAGAAAGUUCUAGUUCCUCUUCAUCAAGCAGCAGUAGUUGUUCAUCGACAUCAAGUUCGGAGGAAGAAACAGAGAAACCUGACAUCAAACCAACUGCUAAAGCGCGAGAAAUUAAACCAGCUGCAGCGAGACAGCCAUCAAUGUUUUCGCCACCUGGUACUAGACCGACAGUGGACUUGCCCUUUCUUGACAGGGUGUCAAGACCUUUGUCAUCGACUAGUGCCUCGAGUGAUGGUGACAGCUCUAAAGACUCUAGAGCUUCCGGCUCAGACAGUCCUUCCCCGAAACGACCGCGCAGGCGGCGCAAAGUUAAAAGUACUUCGACCGAAACCUCCCCACGUAAGGCCCCUGACAAGAAGCUUAAAACUUCCGAACGGGGGCCUGAGUGCGGGGUAUACACACCGCCUCUUGAAGGAGAGGAACCAAGUCGAUCCAGCAACGCGCGUGCUGCCACGCGUGCUCGGACCAGAAGCAUUGCUUCAAGCGGAAAUAUGCUUAAUAAGUCUGACACCGGAUCGAGAAAAUCAUCUAAAGACGAGACCAGUUAUACCCCUGUGCCCCUUAAGACUCCCAAAGAGGGCAGCAAGUCCGGUGAAUUUCCAUCUGCGGAGCGGCAAGCGGACAAGGAGAUAAAGAAAGAAGAGGAAGAGUCUUUCACACCUGAGCUUCCUAUUAUCCAUGAAGUUAAACCGAAGUCUACCAGGCCUAGUCGGAGGCAAAGUUCUUAUCAUGACGAUUUAGCUAGAACUCCAGAUGAACCACCUCCGAAAAGUAGCCCUAAGAAGAGUGUUGAAGUAAAGCAGAAAGGUAUUACAAACAGGAGAAAUAGUGUGAAAGAUCCGCCUAAAGAAUCUGUACCAUAUACAGAUGUACCACGUCAGCCUAUCACCAAAGAAAGGAGGCAGAGUAAGCAUGAACCUUUGAAAACUUCUAAGCCUGAAAAAACUACUAGCUUGUCUCCUGUCAAGAAACCAACUUAUGUUGAAAAGCCUACUGACGAAAUUGAUAGAAAAACUCCCCUGCCAGUCCAUCACGAAUAUCAAGACAAUGAUAAACAUUGGUUGCCUAAAGCUCCAAGUCCUAACGUUAAUCCGCCACCCGUUGAAAAGCCAGGUGGACCUGAAAAGUAUAUGACUGAAGAUAAAUCGAUGGAUUCAGAUUCCACUGAUAAGAGCAGUGUUAAAAUGAUUGCUAAGAUACAAGCGAAUCUUAAUGAAAAUACCAUGAUUAAAUCGCCUAAAACUCCAAUGGAUGCAAGAACCAUUUCUCUGGAAGCAAUUGAUAUGGAUAAUCCAAUAGCACGAAAUAUAAGAAAACGUUCUAUAUUGGACGCGGAUAAGAAGUUUAUUACUCAAGAUGCCAGUCACGUUGGGCAAGGUGUGGAAAUUUCAAAGAGUGCUAAAAUACCUUCUGCCGUUAAUCCAUUUCCUAAUAGAUCUAUCUUUUCACCUCAGUCGAAAGAUAAUGAAAUGUUUGAUAUUGAUAUGUUAGCUGUUGAAGAUGGAUUCAAUCAUGAAGAUAUUAUGAAACCAUUUACUUCUUACCCUGAAUUUUUCUUCAAAGAAGAUUCCAAAGAGCAAGGGGUGCAAGAAACUCUUAAUCUGGUUGAUAGAUUGCGUCUUCAACUGAACUCCAAGAAGGUGCCAACUGAGAAUUCUGCUCAAGACGAAUCAGUAAAUACUGAUGAGAAUAACCAGAGAGAAAAUGAAAAUAAUAUUACAUCCAACUCCAUUGAAAGUGAUCAUGAACACGAUGUACCCAAAAAUAAAGAAGUUGCGCUUGAUUUGCAUGAGAAAAGAAUUUCGCCAAAGGAAACUCACAUCGCUGUUAAUCAUAUACCACAUACAUAUUCGACAUCUGAAAUUCCGUCUAGAGGAACUUUAAUAGAUAACAAAGAAUAUCAUCAUGAACCUGUUCCUAUGACUAGUAAUGAGAAAUGGUCAGACUUAUCUGUACCCCCAUUGGAACCUCAUAUUGAACAAACUGAGGAAAGGAAAUAUGAUCAUAUGCAAUACAAUGAUGAUGUCAAAGAAGCUGUGACAGUGCAGUCAGAUGUUCAGUCUAUGUCAGAAAUUGGUGAUUCAAUAUCUUUAUCAAAGCAAAGUGACGACUCCCAACCAUUAUCUGUUGUUGAUCAUUCAGUUACUAGCAACGAUCAGGAUUUAACUCAAGAUAAUCAAAAUUAUGAAAAUAAUAACUCUGUAAUACACUCAGAUUGUGCAACUAUUUCUUCUCCCUAUGUUAGUCAAGAUUCUAAGUGGAGAGAAAGUAAGAUAACAACCAGAAGGUCGUCCGCCUCAAGUACAACUUCAGAAGGUUCUGUGUGCUCUCAGAAGACCGAUUUAAAAUCUCACAUGAAUAGUUUGGAUGCUCAUCAAAGUAAUAUGCUGCCGGAAAUAGAUUAUCCACCAUUGCCGGCUUAUACCUGUGCUGUGGAGCCAGCUAUGCCUCUGAAUCAAUAUAGCGCCUAUCCGCAGAACGCAUCUCCAUUUUUGAGUUCAUUGCCUUUUACGCAAUUACAAUUACCCUCUCCAGCUCCGGGUCUAUAUGCGACGGGUUUGCCUUUCACUACUACGUCUCUCAUUUCGCCAAAACCAUUUCCAUUAUGUGCAGCAUUUACGACUUCGUCACAGAACCUUGCCCUCACUACUGCUAUGAUCGCUCCCCCAACACCUAAACCCACUGAUUCUCCUCGGGAAGACAUCGAUGUUUCUUGUGGUGAUAAAUAUAUUCAUGUCGUGUCUAGUCCGAGUGUCAGCAUCGAUUCUUAUAAUGACUCUAAUAGUGCCAGACCUGUUACCAAAAUGUCCAACGAUAGCAAUGAAACUAUUUCAAGCGUCAUUCCUCAAGAAGAGAAAUCUCCUCCAAAGCCACCAAAACCGACAUCCAGAUUUCCAGGAAAAUCACCGGGUAAGAGUCCAGGAGUAUCUUCAUCUCCGAAACAAAAUGAGGCUCCGAAAAACAAUAAACGAUCCAACAAUAGAAAUAAUAGAAGUCAAAGAGGUCGAGGUCGCUCGAAGAGUAGAGGCCAAGGUAUUCAUGGGUUCCCAGUGGAUUAUAUGGGCAAUUCUAUUCAAAAUAAACUUGUCGGUACUGUAUAUGACUUCGACGAAGAGGUUGCUGAUGGCGUUGAUCUCAAAGCUCUUCGAGAGAGACGGAAAUCUGUGGACAUAAGAGAUGAUCGGAAAUCUGAGCAUUCGUAUAAAGACGCAUCACCGUCACCACGUGUUAUUACUCCUCCGCAAACUAGUAAGCGUACGCCCACAGUUGAAAAGGACGCUAAGGCAUCUCCCUCACCAUCAGAAAGAUCUUCAACUCCCCCUGGGAAAGGCCCUGGAUUUUCUAGUGUUCAACCUGUAUUACCAGGGCCUGUCGACAUGCGUACAUACCAACCAUUCGAAAAUCCUGUUCCUGCCGCUGCUGAGGCAUAUCACAGUCAUUUAUUAGAAUUCGCUAGUGGCACAGCUGAUCAACAAUUAGUAGACAUUGACGAAGAAGUUGAAAAACAAUUACAUAGCGCAUUAAUGGCCAGCAAACCUCGUACGGGUGGAACUCCCCCUACAACGCCGGUUUUAGAGCCUAAAGAACCUCCUAGAGAAACAUACACUCCUCAACUACCAAAAGUAUCAUUAUCAGACUCACGAAACCAAUUGAAAGUAAAAAUAAAGGGUCCAUUCUUAGAUGCAAAUUAUUCAGCUAGUAGUGUUCAGCCAGUUGCACCACCACAACCUGCUCCUGUUCAUGAAUCCAACACUAGCAUGUUUAGUUCAUCUGGAGGUGCAGCUUCAUCGAUGAUGACUGGAUCUACUAAUCUACGGCGAAUGCGUAAGAAAGAAUUAUUACGCCAAUAUUGGACCCAAGAUAUGAAUAUGGAUGAUCCAGCUAAUGCAUCAAAUAUCGGAGCCAUUCCCCCGCCGGCCACGCCACAGCCUUUAGCUCGUGCAGUCAUUACCAUACCAAAAGCCGUGGCCUCAAUGACUAGUAUACCGACAAGAGAGGAUUAUAAAUUCAGCGAUACCCCAGUAGAUAAGAAAAAGAGAAAGACUACUAGUGGUCUUUCUAGAGAACUGAGGCAUCUAGAAGUGAGCAUGAACGAUGAUGCAGAUCCAUCAGACGACGUUAAGUUGUCUAAUUUUGCUACUAACACCAACCAGUCCUUCAAAAGACGCGGACGAGUUUCCACAAAGCCAAAUAGACCGAAUACAACAUCUCCAGUGGCGCCUAAAUUGAAAAUAAAGAUUGGAUCUAAUAUCGUCCAACAAGUAAACGAUGAUCAGUCGGGAUUCCAAUUCCGGCCGCCUAAAAAGCGUUUGACGAGUAUACCUAAACCCAGUUUGGAAGAUCUCAGACGCGAGAGUAUGAAGUAUAGGCGUAAGGUGAUGGCCGAUUUUGAAGAGACCGAGAAAGCGAAGAAACACAAGCCUAGUAAAAGUGAAAAACGUAAAAAGAAGAAAGACAAAAAGGCUGAAAAGCUUCAAGUGGUGAACAGUGAAAGUGAAAGUGCUACGAAACUUAUAAUAAAGAUCAAGCGCACUAAGGAGGAGGAGGGCGGGGAAGGUCCCAGUACGAGCGAGGGCGGUACUCCGGAACUUCCUCCGGAAGGCCUGGGGACGAGCGGUUGCGUAACGGCGGCGGCGGUCGCGCCCGAGCCGGCCGUCGAUCCGUUCGAGUACGACCCGACCGCACCCGACCCGCUCGCUAUCGACCCGCCCUCUUACUCCGAAUCGUCCGCCAUGCGCAAGAUACGGACAGCCAAAGUGACGCCGAUCCGGUUAAAACUGGCGCGCAGCUCGCAGGGCUCCGGGUACGUGAUGAAGGAGGCGGGUGCGCAGGGUGGCAGCAGUGGCGGGAGCGGUGCCGGCACGCCGCCCGGCCCGCCGCCGCAGCCCGCCUCGUCGCUGCCCAUCGCCGUUAACAAACACUGUGAAGUGAGGUGAUACAAACCGCGCAUACGCUGUUAGACGCUAUCUCUAGUGCGCGAGUUCAAUCUCUUUGUACAGUAGUCAUUUAAAGUUUAGUGUCUCUGUAUAUUUUUAACGUAACUUGGUCGUCGUAAAUUAGUUUAAUAUAUUAUUUAUUUGUAUAAAUGGAAAGCUCAAUGAUUAACUUAAAGUUAUUCUAAGUAUAUUAUAAAAAAAAAAACAUUGUGCAUUUGAGUAAUGCACGAGUAAAUCUUAAUAAUAGUAUAAGCAAUAUAUAUUUUUUGUUAUUGUUUUAAUUUUACUUUGUGCCUCAUGAGGAAUCUCAUAAAUAUUGUCAUGAUGAUUAUGCAUGUAAUCAAAUAGUAGUUAUAUGUGAGAGCUCGAUUAUCACAACGUACAUCACACUAUGAAACUAUAAAUAUUCCCAAAAAAAGUAAUGUAACUGUGUUCACUAGAACAAAAUCAGUUUAACUUUAAUUGUGUGAAUUUUGUGACUGGUUGUGAUUAAUCACACUUUAUAUCUCAUUUAUUUACAUUUUAUGUAUCAAUAUUUGUUGUGAAAAAAGUGUUUCUUAUAUGCAAUAAUUUAUUGUAAAUGAAGCUGUGCUUCCAUUGUAUUGCAUUCAUAUUAUAACUAUCAGAAAAUAGCGUAUGUAAAUUAUUAAUUGCUAUUAUUUAAUUUGAUUAAUAAUCGUCGUUAUAGUUAUUAAAGCAAUCGUAAGUAUAUAAAAAUCAACAUGUAAAAAAAUUUCUAGACUGAUGGGACUAUUUCUUGUAGUUUUGGAUUGAAUUUUUGAUGUUAGGAGAACCAUUAUUUAUUUAAAUUUGAUAGUGUGUAUUUAUGAAUUUGGGUGUAUUUGUAUGGUAAUUGUGUCUUUUUGAACAUGCUGUACAUAAGGUUCUGAACAUAUAGAUAGCUGGGUAAAUUAAAUAAUUCCUGAAUAAGUUAAAAACCUUAUGAUAUUGUAAAAUUAAGUAUGGACCGAUCUCUUUAAUUCAAGGGUUUUGGAUAUAUAUUAAUAUUUUCAUUUUCUAAACACCCCACUACCUGUCUAAGUGUUUAGUCGACCUUAUUACCAGCCGUUUGUCAUAAUUGAUGAUGAUUUUCGUAAGAGUUGAGUUUAAUAUUUAUAGAUCUCGGUUUUCACCAAAUCAAUACAUCACCCAAUAUGGUUGAAAAAAAAAUUGGUAAUGCACUGCAGAUUAUAAUUCUAUUUUUACUUUAUAGUCUGUAGAUUAAUGACUUUCUAAUGAUAUA